GGGCGACUGGUACUGGGAGUGCUCCACCCCACCCGGCGGGGGCGGGGUCUGCGGCGUCCGUGGGCGCCCCCAAGUGGCGGCGGGUGGCGCCGCACAGAGUUCGCUGCUUGGACCGGGACCGAUGCCAUCUGAGACGCACGCGAUGCUGGCGACGCUGGCGAGGGUGGCAGCUCUGCGCAGAACCUGCCUCUUCUCCGGCCGGGGCGGCGGGAGGGGGCUGUGGACUGGCCGCCCGCAGUCAGAUAUGAACAAUAUAAAGCCAUUGGAAGGGGUAAAAAUUCUGGAUCUAACAAGAAUCCUGGCGGGACCUUUUGCUACUAUGAAUUUAGGAGAUCUUGGAGCAGAAGUUAUAAAAGUGGAGAGACCAGGAGUUGGAGAUGAUACACGGACUUGGGGGCCACCUUUUGUUGGGACAGAAAGUACAUAUUAUCUCAGUGUUAACCGAAAUAAAAAAAGUAUUGCUGUUAAUAUCAAGGAUCCAAAAGGGGUGAAAAUCAUCAAAGAGCUCGCAGCUGUUUGUGAUGUGUUUGUGGAGAACUAUGUCCCUGGCAAACUGUCUGCAAUGGGCCUGGGAUAUGAAGAUAUAGACAAGAUUGCUCCUCACAUCAUCUAUUGUUCCAUCACAGGGUAUGGUCAGACAGGUCCAAUUUCUCAGCGAGCUGGUUAUGAUGCUGUUGCCUCAGCUGUUUCUGGUCUGAUGCACAUCACAGGGCCUGAGGAUGGAGAUCCAGUUCGCCCAGGAGUAGCCAUGACUGAUCUUGCCACUGGCCUGUAUGCAUAUGGAGCUAUUAUGGCUGGAUUGAUACAAAAAUACAAAACCGGGAAAGGACUGUUCAUUGAUUGUAACCUGCUGUCAUCACAGGUGGCGUGUUUGUCCCACAUAGCUGCAAAUUAUCUUAUUGUUCGAAAGGAAGCAAAACGUUGGGGUACAGCUCAUGGCAGUAUUGUUCCUUACCAGGCUUUUAAAACCAAGGAUGGCUAUAUCGUAGUUGGAGCAGGAAAUAACCAGCAGUUUGCCACUGUGUGCAAGAUCUUGGAUUUGCCUGAGUUGAUUGAUGACUCCAAGUAUAAAACUAACCACCUUCGGGUACAGAAUAGAAAAGAGCUUAUUAAAAUAUUAUCUGAACGGUUUGAAGAAGAACUGACCAGCAAGUGGUUACAUCUUUUUGAAGGCAGUGGAGUCCCGUAUGGCCCAAUCAACAACAUGAAGAAUGUAUUUGCAGAACCUCAGAAACCAUUGGUGUGUUUUGGAAAUAUUGAGGAUGCCGCCAAUGUGAGUAUCCCCCAUAUCAGAUAGUGGGCAACCCUGCCCUGAGAACUUAGACGACUCAGAUCAGAUCUUCCCAGUGGGCUAACCUGGCACCUAACUUCUUCAUGUUUCAUGUUCCUCACCUGUAAAAUGCUGAUAAAAAUGACUAUCUCAAACAAUGCCUGUUAGGAGGAUUAAAUUAAAAGAGCUAAUGUGUGAAGAAAAGUUGCUUAGUGCAUUGAACUCUGGCUCUGGGGUCUGCAGACCUGGAUUUGAAUCCUGGCUUUUCUAUUUAAAAACUGUGUAACCUUGGUGAUGUAUUUAAUUCUUUGUGCUCAGCAAUAAAUGUUGUAAGGCAUGUAAGUGGCAUAGCGCCCGACACAUUGUGAGUACUCAAUAAAUACUUGAUAUUAAUGUUAAAUUGUAAAUCUGUGCAGAUGAUAACUUUUUUUGAUGAGCUGAUAAUAAGACAAUGCCUAACUCUGAUGGUGGAUGGUUUCCCUAAAUGUAACAACAGAUCUGGAGAGUUUAGUGGCAUGUAGAUUGUCAUUCUAUUCAUUCAUAAUCUGCCAACUUGUUAGGGAAUGAGUGUUUUUGUAGGUUUAAGCUAAAAGUGUGAUUGCAUGCAUUUGUCUUAAAGACACCUGGAAUCAUUUAGCUCGUCCAUGUUUUAGAAAACUUCUAUGGUAAAUGUGAGAGUUAAACAGCAUUGUAUAGUUGUAGCUUCUCUGUACUAUGUUUUAUUGUGUGGAUAAUUUUAAUGACCAAUGUCUUGAGGGUAAGAAUGACUUUGGUGGUUCAGCUAAAAAGCUGACUUUUACAGAAGAGGUGUAUUGUAUUUAUUGAUAUCUACAGUCUGCAUAAAAAUGUUCCCUUGACUUCCCUUAGACAUAUGUUUGUCAUAUACAUAAUUUAUGUCAUAUAUGUCAGAGUUUCUCAUAUAUUUUCGUCCUAUCAACAGUUGUACUUCUGUGCCUAACAGAUUUUUCCUCUUCCAGCAUCUCUCCUUUCUAAUCCAUUUUACUAAACUUGACAAUCAUUUACCUAAAACAUGACUUCUGUUUAUUUCACUCCUCUGCCUAAUGGUUCCUCAUCCUGACCUUAAUGCCUGUCUCCACUAUCAUAUGUUCAUUUUACCAUUCUGUGUAUCCUGGCCCAUGAAACUGCUAUUUCUUCAUAAACUAUAAUAUAUGACUGAACAGUUUUUUCUGUAGGAGAUAUCUGGUGUUCUAUAUAGUAUUUGACAUAUGAUCUCAAAGUAGUGCAGCCUGCCCUCAUCCUCUUUUGACCAGCCAUUUUCUGAGGCAAUGUGGGUAUUUAUGAGCCCCCAGAACUGGACCAGUUCUCAAAGAAAAUGGAAGAUCAAGAACUCCGAGAACUUCCAGGAAAUGGAUGGGAGGAUGGCCAGCUUGCGAUGGUCCAGGAUGCACUCUCUGAUCAAUGAAACCCUUCCUCUUUGUCAUUUUUUUUUUCUCACUGAUUAGUCCUCAUGGAAUUCUGAGGCUCAAGCUUGUUGUUCACAAAAGGCUGCUCUUUGGAUGACUGUCCCUUCAUCUAGCCUGAACUCACUUUUCAGUCCUGGGUGUUAUUCAUUCCAGACCAGGAGUGUGUGAGUGUGAUGCUGGGCAGGCAGCAUGGUCCCAGGUGGCCUGGUGUCUAACACUUGGUUGAGCUUUCACGGGCCCAUGAUCUUGGGUGUGAUAGAACAGUAUCUCUCCAACUUAAGCAGGCAUCAGAGUCUCCUGCAGGGACUCUGCUGGACAUAGUCUGCUGGACCCCACUUCUGAGUGUCUGAUUCAGUAGGUCUGGUGUGGGGCCUGACAGUGUUUAUUUCUAGUACUUUUUGGGGAACUCAUGACAAAUUCCAAUAUUCCAGCAGUAUUGUAAGGAAGUGCAAUAUUGCUGGGUGGUAUGAUUAUGAAAGUGCUCGAUACCUUCAUAUCUCGGUGUGGCUGCUCAUGUUUGAAUGGUCUUGUAGGCUUUCCCCAAGUCUUUCCAUAUGCAACACCUAGAUCAAAUGCUACAUCUUUAAUGAUGUUUUUGUGACUCCUUUAACCAGGGGAUAAAACAUUUGCUGUUACUCUUCUAACUUCUUAGCAAUGUGUUUGCCCCUCUUAUAAUAUUUAUCACCAUGUACCCUACAUAAAGUAUGCCUGUCUUUCUACCAACACAUAAUCUCUUUGAAGGUGAGUGUGUUGGUCUCAUUCAUCUUGCUGCUUCUAAUGCUUGGUACAAGUGCCUUAGAUGCAAUACAUAUUAUUGGCCCUGUGCCCAGAUACCUUUGAGUCCACUUUUUUACCUCUGUUAAGUCUAUGUUCCACCUUUAGCACACUUUGUUCCUAACAACUUGAACUUGUAACAUUUUCUGGAGGACUGAUCUUGAAUUACUGGAGGCAUUUCACUCAGACAUAUGGUAAGCUGGGAUUGUCUAGAAGUUUAUCUCCACAGCAGUGUUAUGCUGCAGAGUGGUGCAGCAGUAUGAAGGCCCUGCUUCUUGCCUUGAGGUGGACACACUACAGCUCUCUGCAGGAUCAGGCUGAGGCAGCCCCUUCAAACCCUUGUUUGGAUUCUUCCCCUUCUCUGUCCUGCUUUCCUUACUCCUUUGACUGAUUUCUCCUGGGAGCACUUCCCUAAUGAAUCAUUUGCACACAAACUCUUCUCUCAUGGCCUGCUUCAGGAGAACUAGCAGGUGUUGUGUGAAUAUUUUAGAAUGAAUGAAUGCUUGAAAAGGAGUGUAGCAUAAUAGGAGCGUGGACUCUGUAGCCAGACUGCCCGGGUUUGAAUCCCAGUUCUACCACUUAGCAGUCAUGUGACUUUGAACAAAAAACCUUUUUGUGUUUCAGCUUUUUUAUUCAUUUACUGAAGCUCAAACAGUACUUUAUAUGGGGUUGUUAUGAGAAUUAAGUAAAUUAAUACUUUUAAAGCACGUGGAACAGUUUCUGGCACAUAAUAAGUGGUAG